GAGGAGGAGGCGCAACCCCCACGGAGAAGUAAGGUACAGGAGCUGAGGAAUGUGAGAACCGGCGUCAGGAGAAGAAAGGCAAGAGGGAGAUUGGAGGUAAGGUUAGUUUAACGAAGAGGGAAAGAUGGCGGCCACGCCGGCCCAGGUAGCUUCAGGGAGAUCUCCCCCACCAGGGCUGUACGAGGACAGAGAUUAUUGGGAGGACGAGGAUAGGAUUAGGAGCCUAUCAGCGUUGUGUUUUGAUGAUGGAGUAUAUCCAACGGAAAUUGACCCAGGAGAGAUGAUUGUGGAGGGUAGGGAGGUCAGGUUCAAAUUGAACACAUCCCCCGAUGACAUCGAAGUUAAAUGGUUGAAAAAGCGGACCGUGACUAUUAUUUAUAGAGACGCCGCGAGGUUUCUUUCGCGGAAGAUAAAAGAUGACCUGGUCAGAGCCUUUGAGGAUGGGUGGGUAAUUGGGAAUGAGGCCCUACUGCAAAAUCAGAGGAGAGGGAGAAUCAAGAUAGAAGGUCCAGGGGUAGCGUCCUAUGUUGCGAAAGCAAAGGAAGUCGCAGAGUAUAUGAUAUCGGAGCAGUCGGUGGAGGUGAAUUUAGGAAAUGAAUCCUACAGAGUCCAGUUCAAGCCGUGGAUGACGCGAGCGGAGUUCAGGGAAUUGAGGAAGCAGGAGGAGGAUAGGGUGUUUUGGGUGAUGGCGCUUCAGGUGCCACUCGACGACAUGCCGUUCAUAUAUGCGCAAAUAGAGAAGGCGAUAGGAGUAGCACCUGUGGGGCCAGGGCUGUUCAACAAUCAAAAUCUAUUCGAAAUGUCAAAUUUCAAUGGCGAACAGCUGGCGGCAUGGCAAGGAGGGACUAUCUCAGCGGACUGGCUCGUAGCCAAUGGCAUUCACCCAGCGCUAUGGGCGGGGAUGUUGAACCCGCACGGAGGAGUGCCAGCUAGAAGUCAGAUGGGUGGCAACACGCAACAACCAAACUCGACGGCACCGGGAAGAGAGGGAGGACAGGGGAUGCUCAAUGCAGAACAACCCUUUGGGGGAGGAUUAAGGGAUGGAACUGACGGUGGGACGCCGGGACCAAACGAGAACCCGGAAGGCUCCACCAGCAAACCACGAGGAAUAGGGAAGCAGAGGAGAUUGAGUUUGACGUUUGUGCCAGGAGUUACGCCUGAACCAUCGAGAGCUUCGCGAUUGUCACGAAGCGGUUCGGAAAAGUCGGUGAGUCAGGAGGUAGGAAUGGUGACCCCAGGCCAAAAAACAACGAGGGAUCGAAGACUUGCUUCGACGCGGGAUCAAAGCUCGAAGUUCCCGCAAUUUUUAGUACCCUUGGUCUGUACGGCCUUCCGGAAUUCCUUAUGGGUGGUGACAUGGCAGAAGAACCUUGGACCGCCUCUGGUAUUUGGGCAAGCGGUCUCAGAGAUUCCCUCAACCUUGGACAUUGAGAGAAGCCUGAAGAACUUGUACCUCGAUGCUAUCCCGAUGAGGGUCAUCCCGGAUGUGGUAAUGGCUAGGAUACUAUUCGGCCCGACAGGCAGCAAAGUGAAGUACUAUGUUCCUCUCGUGGACGCCAGGCUCACAGAGCAGAAGCUGUCGGAGCUCAAACCGCAUGGUUUGAGGUUAAUCCCUUUGGCCACCUUCGCGGAGGCAAAGAAGCAAGAACUGGCAAAAUUCAUGAUCUCUCCGACUAUGAUGACGGCUGAUGCGCUGGCGGAGCUCAAGAUGAGGCUGCCAAAGGAGAAGAAAUUGGACUCCAUCUUUCUGAAGACGACUCUCACUCAAAGCUGGCCCGAUAUAGCGUGCCUACAAGAGACCAAGUUAGACAACGAGAAGAUAGGGGAAUUAGGAAGGUGGUGGGACGGACCGCAGAUUUGGUAUGAGGCUCAAGAGACGAGGGGAGGUGUCGGGAUUCUUAUUCACAGAGACCUGGCGGUGCAAAUAGUCGACUACUUUGCAGACCUCUGGGGCCGCUGGGUAUGGGUGGUCCUGAAGAGUGGAGAUCUUAUUUGGGCGGUCGUUUCAGUGUAUGCACCGGUCAGAAGAAGUGAGAGGAUCGCCUUUUGGGAUGAACUGCGGGUGUCCCUUCCAGAUGUGGAUGAGGUCAUCAUUGACGGGGACUGGAAUACAGUCUUAGAUUCCCCGCCGGAUCAAAGGGGUCAUGGGUGUGCGAAGGAUGUGCUUGCACUGGUGGAUCUGAUGCUGGACCUGGACCUUCAGGAUGUUUACAGGACCCUGCGCCCAGCAGAACCCGGUUACACCUGGUUCUCGCACCGAGGGAAGGGAAGGAGGUUAGACUAUUUGCUGGUGGGAGGAGGUCUGAAGGGUCAGGUAAUUAAUGUGGAGGAAGUCAUAAAUCCGGUCUCGGAUCAUAAACCAGUGAUCGGGCAGUUCAACCUCGCGAAGGAGAAACCAAGGGGUAGAGGGUAUUUCAAGCUCAAUACACAAAAUCUUCACAGCGAAGGGCUGAACAAAUGGACACAAGGGUUUUGGGAGCGGUGGCAGAAACAGAAGGAGCGCUUUCCAACGCUAGCAGAUUGGUGGGAGACAGGGUCAAGGAUCCUGUCGAGGCUGCUAGACGUAUUCUCUCGGAUUCUCGCGCUGAGCAGAAAUAAGGAAGAAAGGAAAUGUCAGAAGAGAGUACAGGACGCGGAGGAAAAGAUGAAGAGGCACCCUAUCUCGGAACGGGCGUGGGGCAAGGAGCGGGCCAAAAGGUUGGCUGAGUGGGAUAAGAAACAGCAAGAAAAGUCUGAGCUUUGGGCAAAAAGACUGAAGAUGAAGGGCCUGGAGGUUUACGAUAGGAUGUCCAGAGAAUCCUUUCAAAAGCUGACUCCAGCAAGAAAUGGCCCGGCGCUCAAGGAGCUCAGACACCCAUUCGACCCCAACGAACCGGUAGCAGUGGAACCAGAGGAACUCUGCAGGAGACAGCUGAAAUCAGAGUUUUGGCGGGCGGUGCUGUUAGCAUGGAGGAGGGUGAAGCCAGACAUCAUCAGUGCCCCCUGCACGAAAGGUGAAGUCCUCGCACAAAUUAUAUUUGAGAAUCAGAACAUCAGAGACAAUAGAGGGAUGAUGCUCAUGGCCAAUUCAGAACCAGGCAGCUUCGGAAAGGCGUGGGUAAAACGGGGUGUGGUUAGACUGAGAGACCUCUGGAAUGAGUUCACAGGAGACUGGCGCUCAGGGGAGGAGAUGGUGGGCAUUUUAAGACCAGGAAGGUACAUUAGACAGAGAAGACAAUUAGUGCUGGACAGCAUUCCUAAGGCAUGGCUGCAGAUCCUCUCCCCGGCGAAGCCAAAUCCGGUAGGGACCUGGUAUGAAGUGGAAAAGGAACGGGAUCCGCUUGCCCCCCAGUUGAGAGAGUUUGUUAAACUGGAGGAGAUUAGUGAAGAAGGAAGAAGGAAGUUCCAGCGAUGGCAGGCGCAGAAUGGAGAAACAAAUCUGAGUCUGUGCAAGGAAGAGGAACACUGCUCCCUGCCGGGAGGUCCACUUGUAGAGAUUAGGGUGAGAGAAACGGUGAGCGAGGAGGGUGACUGGAAGGUGAAGCUCUGGAACGUAGGGGCUCCCUUGGCGGUUCUCAAAGCGGACCCAGACCAAUGGGCCUGGAGGAGCAGAGAGUCACGGGGGGAACAUGUCAGGUUGGACGAAUACACGUUGGAACUGGGUUACAAAGUUCAGGAGCCCCAUCGGACACCUCUAAUGACGGCCACGCAACGAUGGACAAGAGUACUCCCAGAUGACUCAGAGAAGAUAAGCAACGCCUUGCAGAGGUGCUCGCAGCAGUUGGUGGAGUCCCCGUUCCCAAGAGCCGCAACUAUUUUAUGGUUGGCCUCGUUGUUAGCUACACCCUCAACGGUAGAAGCAAAGGGCAGAGUACUGAUAGAGGAAUAAAGACUUGGGUGGAAAAGGGGAAAAAGAAAAAGAGGGUCGGUAAAAUAGGAGGGAUAAUUUGGGACAACCAGGCGCACUCGGUUGGGACAUCCGCAGUAGGAGGCAAGUCGGGCACCUAGCCGCAUUAGGCAGGGAGGGUUUUUGACCCCAGUAGGGAGCUAAGGGUCCACCUAGCCGCAUUAGGCAGGGAGGGUUUUUGACCCCAGUAGGGAGCUAAGGGCCCACCUAGCCACAUUAGGCAGGGAGGGGAAGGAGAGUGUCCAGGAAAGUAGAGGACCAAAGGGUCCACCUAGCCGCAUUAGGCAGGGAGGGUUUUUGACCCCAGUAGGGAGCUAAGGGCUGAGGGUGAAGAGAGGAGUGGUAGGUUUGUUACGACAAUAGGUAGAGUAUUGGUCAAGAUAGUAGCGAUCAUGUGGAUUUGACGGAAGUAAGUUGGACUUUGAGUCGUUGGGCGGUUGCCCACAGUAUUUACUGGGUCUAUCCCAGUCUGUUGGUUUUUUAUCCGGGUUGUUUGUGAGGAAUUCCCGGCCUCAAUGUUUUUAUAAUCAAUUCGCAACCCUUAG